AUGUAUAGAGUCGCUAAAGCGUCGCAGUAUCUGGCGAUCACCGGUGGUGGGAUCCAAGAUAUCAAGCUUGCUAAGAAAUCUUGGGUGUUUCCAUGGCAGUCUUGCACCGUCUUCGACGUUUCUCCGGUGAACUACACGUUCGAUGUCAAGGCUAUGAGUUCCGAGAAACUCCCUUUUGUUAUCCCGGCUGUUUUCACGAUUGGCCCGAGAGUUGAUGAUCCUCACGCUCUCUUGCUUUACGCCAUGCUUAUGUCUCAGCAUGAUAAGCACUCUAACCACGUCAACGAGCUUGUUCAGGGUGUUAUUGAAGGAGAGACUCGUGUUCUUGCUGCUGCUAUGACUAUGGAAGAGGUCUUCAAAGGAACAAAGGAGUUCAAGAAGGAAGUGUUUGACAAGGUUCAACUAGAGCUAAACCAGUUCGGUCUUGUGAUAUACAAUGCGAAUGUGAAGCAGCUUGUUGAUGUGCCUGGACAUGAGUACUUCUCUUACUUGGGCCAGAAGACACAGAUGGAAGCAGCAAACCAAGCCAAGAUUGACGUAGCAGAGGCACAGAUGAAGGGAGAGAUAGGUGCCAAAGAAAGGAACGGGCUCACAAUCCAGAACGCAGCAAAGAUUGACGCUGAUUCAAAGAUCAUAUCCACUCAGAGACUAGGACAAGGGACAAAGGAAGAGAUCAAGGUCAAGACUGAGGUUAAAGUUUUUGAGAAUGAGAAAGCAGCUCUUGUGGCUAAAGCUGAUGCAGAACUGGCGAUUCAGAAAGCUACUUUCUCCAAGAACUCUCGUGUUGCUGAGGUUGAAGCAACCAAAGCAGUUGCUUUAAGAGAAGCUGAGCUUCAGACUAAAGUCGAGACAAUGAAUGCAUUGACUCGGACAGAGAAGCUUAAAGCCGAGUUCCUCAGUAAAGCCAGUGUUGAGUAUGAAACCAAGGUACAAGAAGCAAACUGGGAGCUAUACAACAAGCAAAAGCAAGCUGAAGCGGUUCUUUACGAGAAGGAGAAGCAAGCAGAGGCUACUAAAGCUGCAGCUGAUGCAGCCUUUUAUUCAAAACAGAGAGAUGCAGAGGGACUUGUCGCCACGGCCAAAGCUCAAGGGACUUAUUUAAGAACCCUCUUGGACGCAGUUGACAAUGAUUACUCAGCCAUGAGAGACUUCUUGAUGAUCAACAAUGGAGUUUACCAAGAUAUCGCCAAGACUAACGCUGUUGCAAUCAGAGACUUGCAGCCUAAAAUCAGUGUCUGGAACCAUGGUGAUAAGGGAAUGAGCGGUGGAGCCGGUGGUAAUGGUAAUGGUAUGAGUGAUAUUGCUGGACUAUACAAGAUGUUGCCACCGGUUCUUGAUACGGUUUAUGAUCAAACCGGGAUGCAGCCACCGGCUUGGCUUGGUACACUACGUGGUACUGAGCCUAAACAAUCACUUCCACAACACAGGGGUUGA